AUGUCAUCCGCUACAUCUCCUUGCGAAAUGGCCCACAAAAACCGUCUAAACCAGACCUUGUCGAUAUUGAACGGCCAGCCUUUGCUUUUGGACGGUCCGGACCUCCUUCACCAACUAGUUCCGCGACUGCAUCACGACGCGAACGCCAUCGAUUUCCUGGAACACGGAUCGAAAAGGCGAAAGUUUUCCUACACAACACUUCACUCCUUGAGUGAUGCCUUCGCCGCUAGAAUCACAGAAAUACUGGGCAAGCUCGAAAGUGCUUCGUCCAUUAUUCCGGUAUUUUUACCCCAGUCUCCAGAGCUUUAUGUAGUUCUACUCGCUAUUCUAAAGGCUGGCAAGGCUUUUUGUCCACUCAACCUCGACACACCAACAGAAAGACUAAAGUUCAUUCUUGACGAUAUUUCAGCUGAUAUCAUAAUCACAUUCGAAUCCUACAGCGAACAUAUCCGCACAGCCACCAAUAUCCAUGUUGUAUCAGCAAAUCGCGAACUUUCUGGUUGCCAUGACACCUUCCAUCAUCACUCGCCCCACCUAAGCCCUGACAAUCUUGCAUAUGUGCUGUACACAUCGGGAUCCACUGGGCUGCCCAAGGCAGUGAGCGUGUCUCAUCGUGCCGUCACCCAGAGCUUGCUCGCUCACGACCCUCACAUUCCAGCCUUUUCUCGUUUUCUUCAGUUUGCUGCUCCUACGUUUGAUGUCUCCAUAUUUGAGAUAUUCUUUCCGUGGUUUCGAGGCAAGACUCUGGUUGGCUGCACACGCACGCAAAUGCUCGAUGACCUUCCAGGCACUAUAGCCAGCCUCGAUGUGGACGCUGCCGAACUUACGCCAACGGUCGUUUCCAGUCUUCUAUCCGGUCGCUCGAGCGUGCCCGGUUUGAAGUUGCUCCUCACUAUUGGCGAGAUGCUGACACAACCCGUCAUCGAUGAGUUUGGCGGCGAUGCAACCAAAGAGAGUAUUUUGUGGGCUAUGUAUGGUCCAACCGAAGCUGCAAUUCACUGCACAAUAUGGCCACAGUUUUCAACGUCCGAUUCAACUAACACAAUAGGCCAUCCACUAGACACUGUUUCUGCUUUCAUCCUUGCAUCUUCGACAGGACUCCACACCUCGCCCAUUGAUAUACUUCCGAUCGGGCAAGCUGGUGAACUUGCAAUAGGAGGCCCUCAAGUUGCUAAAGAAUACCUCCAUCGGCCAGACCUGACACGUGCAUCCUUUGUCGAGCAUCCGUAUUACGGUCGCCUCUAUAGAACUGGUGAUCGAGCAAGGAUCAACGAACAAGGGCUGCUCGAGUGUCUAGGGCGUGUUGUGGCUGGCCAAGUAAAGCUGAGAGGCCAGCGAAUUGAGUUGGGUGAAAUUGAGCAAGCCAUCAUGAAGACAAGAGGAUGUCGUGCAGUCACUGCAAUGGUCAUACAGGACAACCUAGUCGCUUUCUGCAGUGGAAGGGAUGGAAUGUCACGCGGAGCUGUGUUGACGACCUGUAAGCACUGGUUACCUGCAUCUAUGAUACCGUCAGAUGUGUUUGUCAUUGAUGUAAUGCCACAACUACCAUCGGGUAAAGUCGACAGAAAGUCUCUUGAGAAGGCAUAUCUGCAUUCACACCCCAACGGGUCGUCGUCGUCUCUUGCUAUUAGCCCGAAAGAUCCAAUUGGUCACUCGGUUUGGAGUGUCGUCAGCCACCACACCACGCAGAAUAUCGGAUUGGAGACCAACCUUACAUCCAUCGGAAUAGACUCUCUCAAAUCGAUCCGCAUUGCGUCUGCGUUGCGAAGAAAAGGGUACUCGCUGGGCGCGAUCGAAGUACUAUCUGCUGCGACCCUUGCAGACCUCAUUGAAGUUUGUAGGGAAUCCAAACCGGUGGACUUUUCAUCUCAGGACAAAGAAACUAAGCCUGGAGCUUUCAUUGAUACGAAAAACCUUCAACUCAAUGGCUGGCGCCAUAACGUCGCUUUGAUACUUCCAUGCACUCCAUUGCAGGAGGCUAUGCUGGCAGAAACAAGAUCGAAGCCCACGGCGUACUGCAACUGGAUCGAGGUCGAGCUUUCGGUUGCUUACACCUAUGAACAGAUUCAGGAUGCUCUGUUGUUUCUGGCCCAGGAGAAUGAGAUACUGCGUACUGGUUUCUGCAUCGAUUCGCAGCAUACCACAGUAUUCUCACAAGUCAUCUGGAAGGAGCUCUCGCUUUCCCAAAUUCAGAAAGUUGCCAGCUUCUCGAAUCAGUAUUCGAUGCAAUCUGACCAUGAUUUUCUCCGACCGUUCGGGGUCCAGAUCAAGACUCACUGCAAACUCCCCCGCCUGCUCUUCCAAAUACACCAUGCUCUAUAUGAUGGUUGGUCUUUGGACCUGCUACUCCGUGAUCUUGACCACUGUCUUCGUGGAAAGCAGGACUUGAAAAGGCCAUCAUUUCGAGAAGUUGUACGUUACCUCGAUGACGACCGACGGCUCAACAAAACCCAAAACUCUACAAAUUACUGGAAAAGCCUUCUUGGUGACUAUAUCCCGACCACCCUGCCCAACUAUCAUGGAAAGCUGGUUCAUAACGCAAGCAUACAUCGAUUUUUUGGACAAUCAAGUGUCAGCCGGCACAAUCUUUUCGAGUGCGCUCACCAUUCAGCUAUCAACCCACAGGUCUACUUCCAGGCUGCCACUGCAUUCGUGCUCAGUCUUUACACUGGCUCUAGUGAUGUGGUACUAGGCAACGUAACUUCUGGGCGUACAAUCCCUGUAGCUGGCAUAGAAGACAUUAUCGGUCCUUGCAUCGCUUCCCUCCCAUUUCGUAUCGAUUUCGCAGAUACGUAUUGCGUUCGAGACGUCUUGAAAAGAACUCAAUCGACAAACAGAGACAGUCUACGUUAUAGUCAGCUUCCACUGCGUGAAAUAGCAAGGGCUGUUAAUGUCAAGCCUGGAGCGCGGUUGUUUGAAACUUUGUUUGUAUGGCAACAGUCAAUGGUCGAGGAUGAGGAUGACAACGCAUCCUUGAUCGCCAAGGUUGUCGAUAGCGCAGACGAACUGGAGUUCCGAAUAACAUUGGAGUUCGAACCAGUUGGGGACAAUAUCUUGUUUCGGAGUACAUUCGACGCUGCAACUGUAUCAGAGCAUCAGAUUCAGUACCUGUUUCGGCAAAUCGAUGAAGUAGUCGAGAUGUUCAUGGUGGAUGCCGAUCGUCACGUAAGUGCGAUCAACCAAUGCUUUACCACGCCAUCCUUGUCUAUAGCCAACCCCACGCCUCUGGAGCAGCGCUUUGACCAUGGCCCUUCUCAUGCUGUAGAGAAAUGGGCGGCGACUGAUCCACACCGAACAGCUAUAAUAUUCGGCCACGAAGUGAAUGGGUCAAUCAAGGUCAAAGACACAAUGACUUACAGCAUGUUGAACUCACGUGCUAAUCAGUUGGCUCGUCUCCUUGCAGAACACGGCGUGACAAAUGACCAGCUCGUGUGUAUUAUCAUGGAGAAGUCUGUCAAUCUCUACACUUGUAUCCUUGCUGUACUCAAGCUCGGCUGCGGCUACUUACCGCUCGUUCCUGAUACCCCAAUCGAUAGAGUCAAGACCAUCCUGAACGAUGCUCAGAUUGCGGUGUGCAUGUCAGAAUUGUCACUGUCAGCUACCUUGCGCUCACAUCUCUCAGUUGACAUUAUAGACUUUGACCUCGCUGCACUCUCUGAUUACUGCGAUCGAAACUUGGAAAUACCAUACAAUGGUCAGCAUCUUGCUUACGCAGUCUUCACUUCCGGAAGCACAGGAACACCCAAAGGCGUUCUUGUGACGCAGGAUAACCUCAUGAGUAACCUGCACUAUCUUUCAACUAUUUACCCCUUCUCUGCCGACUCGCGUCUGCUACAGGCAUGUUCACAAGCUUUUGACGUCAGCGUCUUCGAGAUAUUCUUCACUUGGUACGUCGGCAUAUGCUUAUGCUCGGCGACAAAGGAACAUCUCUUUCGUGAUUUCGAGGCUGCCAUCGACCAACUGAAAGUUACACAUCUUAGUCUUACACCGACGGUUGCUGCGCUAGUGGACCCGAAAAAUGUUCCCAAAGUCGAAUUUUUAGUAACAGCCGGAGAGGCUGUGACUGAACAUGUCCGCAGGAAAUGGGCAGGUCGAGGGUUGUACCAAGGCUAUGGACCGUCAGAGACUACAAAUAUAUGCACUGUUCGAGUUGCAGUCACUCCAGAUGAUCUAAUCAACAACAUUGGUAGUCCCUUUGCUAACACUUCGGCGUUUGUGCUCGACCCCGAAAGUCAAGACAUACUUCCACGAGGCGCUGUUGGAGAACUUUGUUUCGGUGGCUCACAGGUGUUCCGCGGGUACCUCAACCGACCAGAGCUCAAUGCCCAAAAGAUUAUUCAACAUCCCACGUACGGCAGGAUAUAUCGAUCUGGCGACAUGGGAAUACUUCUUCCAGAUGAUAGCAUUCUGUCUACAGGACGCACGGAUGAUCAAGUGAAAAUUCGUGGCCAGAGGGUUGAGCUAGGGGAAGUAACAUCUGUCAUACUUGACCAUGGUGCUGUCUGGGAUUGUGUCACCCUCGCCUUAGAACAGUCCACCAAUUCAAAAACGCUUGUUAGUUUCUGGGUACCAAGGGAAGAUUCGUCAAGCCGCGUCGAAAGUUUAGAGCCUUCGAAGUUUACAACUACAAUUUCGGAAUUAUUCGACCUGUUAUCCCGACGGGUGCCAUCCUAUAUGGUGCCAUCCCAUCUCAUACCGAUAUCAUGCCUGCCGAUGACCCCACAGGCAAAGAUUGACAAGCGAUUCUUGCAGCGAUUAUUCUCCAGUUGUGAGGAGCAUACUCUGAACAAUGCCACAAAUUCCAAUAGUAUCACGGAGACAGAAGAGGGAGAGCUUUUGUCACAAUGGGAGAGGGACGUCUCUCAACUCUUGAUCCGAAUGCUCGCUACUUCUUCAGAUAAGCUAAAGCGGACCUCAUCAUUCUUUAACCUGGGUAUAGACUCUGUAUCAGCUAUACGUUUCUGCAGCGAGCUACGAAAGGCAGGGCUUGGUGACUACUCUGUAUCCGAAGUUCUCAAGCACCCAUCCAUUGCUAGUUUGGCAUCUUUGAAGAAGUUGCAAUCAUCUACAACAACAACAACAACAACAAUGGAUAAGACGCUGUCAGUAGAUGCAUCCCAUAUCUUUACCACCAACCAACUCGAAAGAAUUCGCUCCACCGUUGAUAUGAACGGAGUCAGGGCAACGAAAAUACUUCCUUGUACACCACUCCAGGAAGCCAUGAUAUCGAGUGGUCUGUCUUCACCGGGACAGGCAUACUGUAAUGUUAUGGUUUUCGAUGUCAAAGGAGAUUUGCAACAGCUACAGAGGUGCUGGAAGACUGUGAUCCAGCGGCACGAAAUUUUUCGAACUUCGUUUGUUGCAACGGAUAAUCCAUUGUACUCAUUUGCUCAAGUCAUUGUAGAAGGGUAUGGCAUGGGUUGGCAUGAGGACAGUAUUGACAGCGGCCUUCAACUCCGCGUCAGCAAGAUUCUGUUUGAUCUCAUGGAAGCCAAUAAACCUCCAGUGUACUUUUCUCUGAACCGAGAAGAGGACUCCGCAAAGUUGCUCUUUUGCUGCCAUCAUGCCCUCUAUGAUGGUAUAGCUAUGUCCACGCUCCUUGCAGAAGUCCAGGAGCUAUAUCAUGGCCGCCAGUUACUACCGCCAGUUUCAUACGAUGUUUAUCUGAAGCGCAUGCUUGAGCAGAACUUGGAUGAAGCUGAUAAAUAUUGGUCUGCUUUAUUGGAAGGCUUUGAGCCUACAUCGUUCCCUUCUCUCACUGGGAAGAGAGUCCGAGAAUAUGAAGCUUUCACGUCCUCUUCAAGACGUCUCAGUAUGUCGCUCGACAGUGUGAGAAAUUCAUGCCAAAACAGUUCAGUGUCACUUUUGUCCGUUGUACAUGCUGCAUGGGCAAAACUACUCCACUUUUACACUCAUGAAAGCGACAUAUGUUUCGGGAACAUAGUCAGUGGUCGCAGCUUUCCAGGAGAGCAUCUCGAACGCCUUGUCGCACCUUGCUUCAACACUCUGCCAGUCCGUGUCGAUUUUGACUUUGGCAAAAGCAAUCGUGCCUUGGUGGACCUGAUGCACAACCAAAGCAUCGAGUCGCUCGCUUACCAAUUAAGCCCACUUCGUCGAAUACAGAAGACUACACUCAAGGAUGGUGGGCGGCUAUUUGACUCCCUUGUGAUCCUUCAGCAGCCCAAUGUGCCUUUGGAUAGCUCCAUUUGGAGGCUUGAGCAAGACUCGGGUGACAUGGACAUACCUGUCGUAUGCGAAGUCGUCCAGGACCAGUCUGAGGACGCUCUAAGACUAUUAAUGCACUAUAACAACUCGCUCAUAUCCGAAACAGAGGCUUCGAUAGUUAUGGAGACUUUUGAUGCUGCCUUGUCAUCCCUCAUCAAGUUUCCUGAUGCACUUUCUGCUGACACCGACAUGUUCCCCUCCAACCUCUGGGCGAAUUACAACACGAAUUUCAAACGUCUCGAAAGUGAUUCUAAGUUUCUGCACUCUGGAUUUGAGCGCACAGCAUUGCUGCACCCAGAUCGCAUUGCCCUCGACUUCUGGCAUUCCCAAGGAAAGAAGACGACAUGGUCUUUCGAGCAACUCAAUCGAGAAGCAAAUCAGAUUGCACAUGCGCUCAUCAGAGCUGGUGCUUGGCCAGAUCAAGUCAUACCUAUACACAUAUCCAAAAGCCCGAUAUACUAUGCCAGCAUACUGGGAGUACUCAAAUCUGGAGCCGCUUUCGCACCUGUUCAUCCCGAUCUUCCCGAAGCGCGCAAGCAGCUGAUGUUCAAAGAUCUGAAACCAAAGAUCAUUCUUUGCGACGAUGGCUCGUUGCUUCCUGAAGAUCUCCCUGACGUGACCGUUCUCAUCACUCAAUCAAUGUCAAGUGAUGAUGUCUCCAACCCCAUUAUCGAGGAUCUGAAAGAUACCAACCUGGCUUACUGUCUAUUCACCUCUGGCUCUACAGGUGUUCCAAAAGCUGUCAGCAUGGAACAUUGUGCUCCAAUACAGACGAUCGAAAGCUCCAGAACAAUCAUACCUUGGAACCCCCAAUCUAGACUCCUUCAAUAUGCUGCGGUAACUUUCGACAUGUGCUACUACGACUGCUUUCUUUCCUGGACGUUUGGCUUUGCCCUUUGUGCUGCGGAGCAGAGUGACUUACUCAACGAUCUUUCGGGAGUGAUCAAAACCCUUGAAGCUGAUCUACUUGACCUCACGCCAUCUGUUGCAGAGACUCUAAAGAGGGCUGAUGUUCCAAAUGUGAAAUGGCUUUACUGUAUCGGUGAAGCCAUGUCUUCAUCAGUUGUGAAGGAGUGGGAAGGGGCAUGCGUCAAUUCGUAUGGUCCGACUGAAGCUGCCUUUUGUACAACCAUCACUCCCCUCUCUAAAGAUGAAAGCACUUCGAUUAUCGGAAAACCCUUUCCAACAACAUCCUUUGCCGUCUUCUCUGAGGGCAGCCAAACUCCAUUACCUGCCUUAAGUAUCGGAGAGCUCUAUAUCGGGGGUGCACAGCUCGCGCGAGGUUAUUGGGGCAGGGCCAACCUCACAAAUGAUCGUUUCGUGAGCCGCUGCGGCCAAAGAUUCUACAAAAGUGGCGAUAUGGUACGGAUGUUGAGUGACGGCAACUUCGAAUUCAUGGGACGUCUUGAUGAUCAGGUAAAGAUCCGGGGACUUCGAGUUGAGCUGGGUGAGAUCAAUAGUAUUCUUGCAGAGCUUGACCCAGAUUUGCUGUCUGUCACGACGCAAAUCCUACUAAAAGGAGAAUCCUCAAAAGAGCAAUUGGUUUCAUUCAUGGUCCUGCGUCAAUCAAUCCAGGAAAGCGAUAUCCCUACGCUCCAGCGGAAGCUCAAGAAACUAGCGAGUGCUCGUUUACCUUCUUACAUGGUUCCUCAAUUCUUCUUGGUAGUGGACGAGAUACCAAAAUCCAUGGCUGGUAAAAUCGACAAGAAGGCUUUGAAGCACCAGUGGUCCAAGACCGAAAGUGAGGUUCGCAACAUUCUUGCACAUAUAUCCAAAACUCCAACGGAAAACAUCUCGCCAUUAACAUCGAUAUACCAGCUAGGUCUCGACAGCAUUAGCGCAGUUCAGAUCGCAUCUGCUCUUCGUUCUCAAGGAUACACAAUCAAAGCGACAGACGUCCUGAAACAUACCACAUGCAAUGAUCUUGCUGAGCACUUGGACCAGAUUUCCACUUCAGAGGCGCCUGAAAGUUCACCAUUCGAUUUUCAUGGCUUUGAGAGCAGGCACAGAAUGCAGAUAUUGAGAGAUCAUGGUAUCCAAGAUGGGAAUGUUGCCGCUGUCCGCCCGUGCACUCCCCUCCAAAACGGGAUGGUAUCGCAAUUCCUUGCAAAGGAGGGGGCUGUUUACAUGAACUACCUCAGGUUGCAACUAGAGCCGAAAGUUGACUUGGAGAAGCUAAAAGCAGCAUGGUCCUCUACUAUGGAACGCCAUAGCUUGCUGCGUACUGGAUUUGCUCAUGUUAACGAUCCGCUUUUUCCUUUCGCCAUGAUCGAGUAUACCCAGGUUUCUGUCACACUACCAUGGAGUGCAAUACGAGAGCAAAAGAAAUCUCAGUCGUCCAAUGCAUGGCUUCAAAGAAUACGGGCCCAGUCACUCAAGGAGCUGUACGUGCCUCCUUGGGCACUACGAUUCGUUGAAAGAAAUGAUCAGUCCUUCCUCGACUUGGCUAUUUUCCACGCAUUGUUCGAUGCGCAAAGCCUCCAAAAUAUCUUCACCGAUGUUACAGCCUUUUACAAGGGCUUAAGCCUACCACCAGUACCAUCACUAAACGAAGUUGUAAGUCAUGUCAUUCAAUCUUAUAAACAAGACAACAGCAGCGGAAAAGAGUUCUGGGUGGAACUUGGCAAGACUGCAAAUCCAUCUCGUUUUCCCAACCUAGCGCCUUUGAAAUGCGAUCCUAAACCACCAAUCGUAUGUACCAGGCGAUCUGCAAAAUCGCUCAUUGAUUUGGAAAACGGAUGUCGGCAAGCAAAUACCACGAUGCCAGCUGUGGGCAUGGCGAGCUGGCUAUCGCUGUUGUCGUCCUAUACUGGAGAAAGUUCUGUGACCUGCGGUGUUGUCCUUUCUGGCCGAAGUUCUGAUGCUACAGCGCACGCCAACUUCCCGUGCAUCAAUACUGUGCCGUUAGCAUUCACAGUGGCGAAUGAUACGACAAAGAUGUUGGAAUCAAUCACUGUGUUAAAUGCGGGCAUCCAGGAACAUCAGUUCAAACCACUGAAAGAAAUUCAAGCCCUGAUGGGCUUUCCAAACGAGUCACUCUUUGAUAGCAUUUUCGCGUAUCAGAAACUAGCAAACAACAAAGAUACCUCUGACCUUUGGACCGUUGUAGACGAAAAUGCUACCAUCGAGUAUCCAGUCUCCAUCGAGCUGGAACCAAAGGAAGAAAGAUUGGAGUACAGACUCACAUACUUUCCACACAUAAUUCCAAGAGAACAAGCGUCUUUGAUUCUUGCACAGCUUGAUCACUUGAUGGAAAGUUUGAUUUUUCACUCCCAAAUUCCUUUGGCCAAAACAGACUACUCCCAGCACCUAUACUCUAUCACGCCAGCAAAGGAAGAUGAGCUGCCAUCGGAUAUGAAGCUUCUCCAUGAGCUAGUAGAGAAGACUGCUCAGGAGCACCCUCAGCGCAUUGCUUUUGAAUUCGUGUCAAAGGAGAGCAGUGGAAAGCGUCCAGUGAGGAAGUGGACAUACCGCGAACUGGAUCAAGAAGGCAACAAGAUCGCACAACUGCUGGCGGCUCACAAUGUCAAGCAAAACAGUCUUGUGGGUGUAUGCUUCGACAAAUGCCCAGAGGCCUCUUUCGCUAUGCUGGGAAUACUCAAAGCGGGGUGCGCUUUUGUUGCCAUAGAUCCAGGAGCACCUGCCGCGCGUCAGACGUUCAUCAUUGAGGACUCUGAUGCCCAGGCUGUUCUGUCAAUGUCAUCGCAGUCGGCUCAGUUUAACGCGAUUGCCAAGGUACCGGUCCUCAACCUCGAUGAAGUCGAAUGGUGCUCGCUUUCUGGGCAAAAACUACUACAAAAUAGCGUCAUCGACCCCCAGGACCGCAGCUACUGCUUGUAUACGUCUGGAACCACUGGGACACCUAAAGGUUGUGAAUUGACCCAUGAGAAUGCUGUCCAAGCCUUGCUGGCCUUCCAGCGUCUUUUCGCCGGGCACUGGGAUGUGGACUCGAGGUGGCUCCAAUUUGCGUCUUUUCACUUCGACGUCUCCGUACUCGAACAGUACUGGAGCUGGUCUGUUGGUAUUUGCGUAGUAUCCGCACCUCGUGACCUUAUCUUUGAAGAUCUCGCAGGCUCCAUCCGUGACCUCAACAUCACCCACAUCGACCUGACGCCGAGCCUAGCUCAAAUCCUACACCCCGAUGAUGUGCCAAGUCUUUGCAAGGGCGUUUUUAUCACAGGCGGUGAAAGUCUAAAGCAAGAGAUUUUGGAUGUUUGGGGUCCUAAAGGCGUCAUUUACAAUGGAUACGGGCCCACCGAGGCUACGAUAGGAUGCACCAUGUACCCACGCGUUCCAGCAAAUGGGAAACCUUCCAACAUCGGCCCGCAAUUCGACAAUGUUGGGUCGCUGGUCCUCCGUCCGGGCUCUGACGUUCCAGUCUUAAGAGGUGGUGUCGGCGAACUUUGCGUCUCGGGAAAACUCGUUGGAAAAGGCUAUCUCAAUCGUCCAGAUUUGACUACAGAGCGCUUCCCAUAUCUUAACCGCUUCUCUCAACGCGUAUAUCGCACAGGAGAUGUCGUCAGAAUUCUUCAUGAUGGUACAUUCCACUUUUUGGGUCGCGCCGAUGAUCAAGUCAAGUUGCGUGGCCAGCGUUUGGAAGUCGCUGAGAUCAAUUCUGUCAUCAAACAGUCUGACAGCGAUAUUUCAGAUGUCGCAACGCUUGUGUUGAAGCAUCCAAAGCAACAGAAAGAGCAACUUGUUUCUUUUGUUGUGUGCGGCAAAGCUCUGAAGGCUCAACCAGAAGUCUUGCUCGGCGAGGUUGGAGGGAUAGCAAGCGCGAAGCAGGCUUGUAACGACAAACUUCCACCUUACAUGCUACCCACCCACUUUGUCCCUCUUACUUCCAUGCCACUGAAUGUCAAUAACAAGGCAGAUGGAAAGGCGCUUAAGAAGAUGUACGAGUCUCUUUCUUCUACCGACCUUCAAAAGCUGUCUGCCACUUCUUUGUCUAGAGAUGAACAGUGGUCGAAACAAGAGGAGAAACUCCGCGAUGUCAUGCUUGAAGCUCUUGGCGCGGACCAUGAGAGUAUGUCCAAAAACACAAGCUUUUAUGAGUUGGGCAUGGACUCUAUCUCCGUGAUAGGCGUCACACAAUCUUUGAAACAGUCUGGUUUCACGAAAGUCACUACCUCAAUGAUACUGCAAUGCCCUACAAUUCGGCGGCUUGCAAAAUCUCUGGCUGCCAAUAGUGCUAUGAGCAACGUUCGCGGAUCGAUUCUCGCCGCACAACAGUCUAUCAAUGCUGUAAAUCAUCGCCAUCGACGCAAAAUUGCUAAACGCUUAUCUGUCAAACCCAGCAUGAUCGAAUCUCUUGCACCAUGUACACCCUUACAGCAAGGAAUGAUUGCAAGAUCGAUGGAAAAUGGCAAUGGGCUUUACUUCAAUACUUUCCGGUUCAGAUUGAACAUGGACGUGGACGAAGGAAAGCUGCGUCAUGCGUGGGAAACAAUGUAUAACUCGACCCAAAUACUACGUACAGUAUUCGUCAACACCGAAGAAGGCUAUUUGCAAGCUGUUCUCGGUGGCAUUCCCUUCAAUGGGUUCAUCCAAACGUCGACUCAAGAUGAUGAUCUCAUCAGUCAUAUGGCACAAUUACACAAGGAUUGGCUCAGUCUCAACGAUGUUGACUUCCGACAGCCGUUCCAGGUACAUCUUGUUUCAGCGCAGAAGCAGAAGCAGCUCAUUGUGCACAUAUUCCAUGGCCUGUAUGACGGAAACAGCAUCGGUCUCUUACUGCAAGGUGUCUGGAAUUCAUACGAGAGACGGGACUCGAUGCCAGAUGCGCCAUCAUUCCACACUGCUCUUGCUCACGGUCCACUCAGAAUACCCGACGACGCGAAAAGCUUUUGGAAGGACCUGAUACUAGCCAGAACUUCAUCACUUCCCACGCUGUUCGACAAUUCCAGUCAAGACGCUGUUGUCAUUGCACGUACAAUGCGUGCACCGGCCAACUUUGACCUCAUCCGAAGACAGCUUAAUGUCACAGCACAGGCUGUUGUACAAGCCUGUUGGUUCAGCGUUCUCCACAGACAUGUAAAGGGAGAUGUGGCAACUGGCAUAAUCGUAUCUGGUCGCAGCAUUGAAUUCGAAGGCGCAGAUCGUGUUAUAGGGCCUAUGUUCAACACCAUUCCAUAUCACCAUCGGGCUCAGCGUAGUGAGUCCUGGUCAUCAAUCAUCGAGAGGGUUCACGAUUUCAACAUCCAAGCUCACCCGUUUCAACAUACGCCACUCAGAGAUAUCAUGAAGUGGUGCAAGAGAUCACCAAGUAACCCGCUAUUUGACAAUCUCUUUGUGUAUCAAGUUCCACAAGACAAUCAGGAGUGGGCAAAAAACGAUCUUUGGACACUUUUAGACGAUGAGGCCAUCGCUGAUUAUCCAUUGGCUUUUGAGGUCGAGCAUCGGGGCGGCACCGAGUUGAAAUUGACAUUGGUUACACAAGGGCAUGUCGCCAAUGACCAGAUCGCAGCUAAGUUAUUGGACAUGUUUGAAGAAGCGCUGGACCAAGCCAUCAAUGACCCAUCGGCUGUUCUAGAGCUGCCAGCCGAUGUGGAUGGUGCAGUUGAAAACAAUACUGCUAUUCGAUCUAAGCUGGAUGACAACAAUGAUAUCUCGGAUUUUGAAUGGAGUGACAAUGCCAUCGCGAUCCGCGAAGAGAUUGCCAAUUUGACCGCAAACGAGAUGGAAAGCAUCAGUGAAACGACAUCGAUCUUCGAACUUGGCCUUGAUAGUAUCGAUGCAAUCAAGCUCUCGUCCAAGCUCAAGAAACGAGGAAUGGAACUCUCAGUCAGCGGUAUCAUGCGCGGGUUGACUAUUGAGAAGAUGGCACAAAAUAUGUCGAUGAAGAACACUCAAACUACAGAAGCGGCACCGCACUUUGAUCUAGAUGCCCACAAAACGAAGCUAGCGAAGUGUCUCUACCACCAAGGAUUCAGCGCCGAUGACAUUGAGGAAAUUCUUCCUCUAACACCCCUCCAGGAAGCUAUGGUUGCGGAGAUGAUCGCAUCCGAGUACACAAGGUAUUUCAACCAUGACGUGCUAAAGCUCAGCCCAGAUACAGACAUAAGCAAGUUCCAAAAGGCCUGGACCACGGUCGUCAUGGGUUCACCAAUUUUACGUACUGGUUUCGUUGAGGUGGACAAUCCGGACAUCGAUCUCUCUUUCGCGCAGAUCAUCCACCGUCAACCACAUGACUUUUACUCACACAUGAGUUUUGGCAGCAGACCUGACUUUGCGUCUAUCUUCAAGGAUCUCCGAAAUGAUGCGAUUCAGAGGCCACUUUCGACACCGCUCUUUCAUCUUACAUUCAUCGAUACUCCUGAUCAAUCAUACCUCGUGUUGUCAAUCGCGCACGCGCUGUAUGAUGGAUGGUCUCUGAGUUUGUUACAUUCUGAUGUGCACCGAGCUUACCAGAAUGAAUUUGAAGCUCGGCCUUCUUAUCAACCGUCAUUAGCGGAGAUUAUCAAGACCUCAGGGCCCGAUGCUGCAGGUUUUUGGCAAGACUACCUCUCUGGCGCUAACGGCAACACUUUCCCGCGUCGAACACUAGAGCCCGAUGAGAAGAGCAGCACUGUUCAUCGCCAUCAAGAAAAUAGUAAAAUCGCACUGGAACUCAUCCAGUCGUUUGCAAGGAAGAACAAUGUCUCGCUUCAGACUGUGGGACAAACAGUCUUUGCCCUCGUCACUGCAUCUUUUACCCGCUCUCUCGAUGUUACGUUUGGCUCUGUGCUUUCCGGACGUGACGAAGAGGAAACAUCCCAGUUGAUGUUUCCAACUAUGAACACAGUGGCUAUACGAACAAUCCUUCACGGAAAAAGUAUUGAGUUGCUACGCUAUGUACAAGACAACUUUGCGAAUAUUAAGCAGUGGCAACAUUAUCCGCUUCGAAAGGCUAUGUCGCAGGCUAGAUUGGAUGGGAGGUUAUUUGAUAGCCUGUUCAUCUAUCAAAAGAGACUAGAGCAACAACAAAAUGAGGGCGAGAGGCUUUAUACCAGUGUUGGGGGCCAUAGCGAUGUCGAGUAUGCGGUGUGCGUUGAGAUGGAGGUGGUGAAGGAGGCUUUGAUAUGGCGUUGCGCGGUCAAAGAUGAUGUUUUUGAUUUGGAAGAAACAAGGCAGUUGUUGAAGAGGAUGGACGAUGUGCUGAUACACUUGAUGGAGCGAGCAGAGGCACCAGUGAUUGACAUGACCGCAGAAGGAACGUCAGUCUGCGGUCUCCCAGCUUUUGAAGAAGCUGAGAUGCAUACUGGAAGUGGUCAUGUAGAAUCAGGGGAAGACGAUGGGCAGGAUACACCAAGCACAGAAACAACUAACAGGAUCCGCAAAAUACUGGCUGCAGUUUCGAAGACACCUGAGGAGGAGAUGACUAACGACAUGACUAUAUUCCACAUGGGACUGGACUCAAUCAGUGCAAUCAAAGUAUCUUCGCUUCUUCGCAAACAGGGGGUUGUUCUCAGCGUUGGAGAGAUGCUGCAAGCUGGUUCGGUGGAGAAGAUGGCCAAGCUUGCCGAUGCCCGUGCUACGGAACCAUCCAAAGACGAUGCGAUCGAUUCAGCGAGUCUUGGAGAAAUUCUCAAAGAAUUGAACGAGGCAGAGGUUUUCAAGCGAGCCGGAGUUGAUGUGGACAACGUCGUUCAGAUGUUGCCAGUCACUGCUGGUCAGCUUUACAUGUUGUCCAUGUGGCUCAAUACUAACGGCAGCAAUUUCUAUCCAGAAUUUAGCUACGAGUUCGAGGCGGAUGUAGCGUUUGAAGAUCUGAAAAAGGCAUGGCAGGCUUUGGUGACGACGAAUCCAAUACUCAGGACAUGCUUUGUCUCAGUGGGCAAUCACCAGGUAUCCUACGUUCAGCUUGUGUUGAGAGAUAUCGAUAUUGCCAUUACAAAUGUCACUGAAUAUGGAGAAGAGGAAAUACGCAACUGUAUCCGAAAAGCUACGACUCAGCAACCAUGGGCAAGACUGCUGGUUUCCCGGAACUCCCACAGCUGGACUUUGCGACUCAAAAUACACCACGCACUCUAUGACGGCAUCAGUCUACCAUUGCUCAUGCAACAAUUCGAAGACUUAUGCAACGGCAGUGUCCUGAAUGCUUCUCGAAACGAUAUCCUAGCCGACUUCAUAUCCAGCACAUCCUCGCUCUCUUCCUCCCCGCAGCGCCGCCAAUUCUGGGAAACCCAUCUUCUCUCCAGGACAGCGCCAACACAACUGAAACAGCCCUCGCACACACCCACUACCCGCCUAGAAAUCUUCCGCCCGUCCCUAACCCCCAUCCAAACCCUUGACACCACCGCCCGCCAUCACGGCAUCUCCCCGCACGCCCUCUUCCUCGCCAUCUACGCAAAACUCCACUCCCGCCUUCCCCACAGCACCACCACCGACGACAACAUAGUGCUAGGUAUCUACCUCGCCAACCGCUCUCUAUCAUGCACCCCCGAGCUCCCUGGUGCCGCAAUCCCAACACUCAACCUCGUCCCCUUGCGCGUUUCAACCCCGCAAUCCCGCAGCGUAGUCGAGUCGGCAAAACAAGUCCAAGCGCACCUGCGUCAUCUUAACGAUGCCACACUGGCAACUACGAGUCUUGUCGAGAUUGAGCGGUGGACCGGUGUAAAAAUUGAUGUCUUUGUUAAUUUUCUCGUCGAUAUAGACGACCAGGGUGCUCGUCCGAAACACGCACAUCAACGUGUCAAAAUCUCGCCUACGCUCCGACAGCAGUACUACUGCUCUUCUUUUUCGCGUACGUCUUCUGUAGUUCAGCCGGAGUUUAUGGAUUUCCAGGCGUUACGAAAUGAGCACGUGAAUGGUGUUUAUUUGCACGCCAUUGAUAUUGAAGCAACGGUGAGAGAAGGGUACUUGGAUGUGGGUAUUUUUGCACCAGGGGAUAUGAUUAGUUUGGAGCAAGGAGAGCAAUUGAUGGAUGGAUUAAAGGGAGAGGUUGAGGGGUUGUAA